AUUCUUGCGCAAAAAAUGAAUUUUUUGCUUUUCGAGUUCCUACCUUCGCUGUCGCUGUUGCUGUUGCGUAUUAUCCUCGCGGUCCUGCUGCGAUUAGGAUUUAGGAACGAGGGCCUCCGGCGGCGGAGGGGGGAAGUUGGUUGGUGGUGGGGGGUGGCGCUCUUCUCUUCUGGCUCAACCAAGGCUCUGUUCUUCGCACCAGUUGACGAUGAGCCCCUCCCUCCGCCGUUCUCCUGCCCCACGACAUCCUGCGAAGUUGAAUUCUUAGCAUCGUGGAACAGCUACGGAAGCAUGGCAGAGGGUGGUUUUGUGGUAGCCAUUUGCCAACAUGGUGGGGAGUUCACUUCUGGUCCCAAUGGGAAUUUGAUCUACAAAGGAGGUGAAGCGCACGCUGUUGACGUCUCUCGGGAGAUGUCCCUUGACAGCUUCAAGGAUGAGGUGUCCAAGGUGUUCCAUGUUGAUGUCACCGAUAUGUCGUUCAAGUACUUCCUUCCGAACAAUAACAGGACGCUCAUCACAAUCUCAUGUGAUAGAGAUUUGCAACGGAUGGUUGAUUUUACUGCUAGUGCUGCCCAAGCAGAUGUUUUUGUGAUAAGUAGAGUGGAGAACAGGAGUGUCGUAACGUACACUGGAGCUUCCACUGUUAAAGCUGGAUCUAAUGCACAUGGCGACAAAAGGAAAAGGACAGCUUCCAAAAACAAGGCAUCCAAAAGUAAUAAGAAGACCGCCAGUGCUACUGGUGUUGUAGUUCAAGCUGAUACCAAUGAUCUCAAUCAACCUACCAAUGAUCUCAAUCAACCUACCAAUGAUCUCAAUCAACCUACCAAUGAUAUAAAUCAACCAAGAGCUUUGGUUACCUUGAAUGAUUACAACGAGGAUUUUCCACUGGAAUUUGGCCAUGAUGUUGCCUUUCCCACCACAGCUGGAGCUGUUUCCUCUGCUCCAGACGAUCUGAAUCAUGAUAAGCUUGCUCUCGUUGAUACCACACAAAGGGAACCAACUGGUUUUUUUGAUGAUGCAGUCAAUGCAUAUGAUGGUUCUGAUAUCAUAAUAGAUCCUCCACAAGAGCUUACCAAUAAUCCUGCUUUGUUUUGGGAGGACAUUAUCAAAGGUGUUGGUCAAGAAUUUGAUAAUGUGAAGGAUUUCCGAGCUCAGUUGUGCAAGUAUUCCAUCGGCAAAGGAUUUGUGUACCGAUUUAUUAAGAAUGAAACCACCCGUGUCACUGUAAAGUGUGUUGCGGAUGGCUGCACCUGGCGAUUGCAUGCAUCCGAGUCAUCUCGUAACAAGAAAUUUGUUAUCAAGAAAAUGACUGAUGAGCAUACAUGUGGAGGAGAAGGCGGAGAGGGUCAGCGGCGAGCAACAAGACAGUGGCUGACUACCAUCAUUAAGCAGAAACUGCGUGAGAACUCAUUGCUCAAACCAAAGGAUCUUGUCAAGGAAAUACAUGAAGAGUAUGGAGUUAUGCUGACCUAUUCACAGGUUUGGCGAGGUAGAGAAGUGGCUCAGAAGGAGAUGUUUCAUGUUCAGAGGGAGGCAUCAGGCCAUUUGCCCUGGUAUGGGGAGAGGCUUAUGCAGACUAACCCAGGGAGUAUACUUGACUUGUCUGAGUUCUCUGAAAACCGACGUUUUAUUUUUGCAUUCCAUGCUUCUUUGGAAGGCUUUGCAAGUGGGUGCAGGCCCCUCCUUUUUCUUGACAAGGUUCCGCUCAAAGCGACAAAUGAGUAUAAGUUGCUGGUUGCCGCUGCAGUUGAUGCUGAUGAUGGUGUCUUUCCAGUUGCAUUUAAUGUGGUUGAAGAUGAUAAUUACGAGAACUGGGUUUGGUUCUUGAUGAAGCUGAGGAUUGCUCUCCAGUAUCAUAACUACCCAUUGAAUGCUAUGACAUUCUUGUCCAAUGGACAAAAGGGUCUGGAUGCUGCUGUCGCACAUGCGUUUGAAGGUAGCCACCAUGCCUUCUGUUUGCAUCAUAUCAUGGAGGAAUUCAAAGGAGAACUGAAGAAGGGACCAUGGUCGCAACAGAUAAGAGAUGUGAUGGUCGAGGAUUUUACUCGUGCAGCCCAAGCAUGCAGCAUUGAUGAUUUUAAUGCAUCAAUUGAGAGCAUAAGGAAUAUAUCCACUGAAGCUGCCGACUGGAUCAUUGCGAGUAAGCCAGAGCAUUGGUCAGAUGCCAUCUUCAGAGGCUGUCGGUAUGACCAUUUCUCAUCGAACAUUGUUGAUGCGUUUAAUAACUGGAUACCUACAAAGAAGGAGGGGUCCAUGGUGCUGAUGGUGGACUCUCUGAGGACAAAAAUAAUGGAGACAAUAGAAGCGAGGCGUGAAGCCUGCAAGUCAUGGGAAGGACCUCUAACACCUUCCAUUGAUUACAAAGCAAAGGAUGAGAUAACCAAGGCUGGCAAGCUGACCGUGCUAUGCUCUUCUGAGACUGUGUUUGAAGUGCGGGGCAGCGGUAUUUUUGUUGUUAAUCUUGCAAACUGCGAAUGCACGUGCCGGAGGUGGCAACUUUCUGGCCUCCCCUGCAUGCAUGUUAUUGCUGUGUGUAACAGGAUUGGGCGGUCUUUCUAUGACUACUGCUCAAAGUUUUUCACAACAGAUAGCUACCGUCAGACAUACUCAGGAACAAUCUACCCAAUUCCCGACAUGGACACCCUUGAUUUUAGCGCUGCAGCAAUGGUCCCGCCUCCCAGGCCACGGGCAUCAGAUAAACCUAGAAGGAAGCGGUUUAAUCCCAACAAGCCAACCACUCUUAUACGGCUCUGUAGCAGGUGCAAGCAAGUAGGCCACAACAAGGCCACCUGUGAAGCUGCUUUUCUGUAGACAAAGCAUUUUCUUUAUCUGCAGUAUGUAUAUCAGGUUCACCGAGAGGCGGCUGAUGAAAGAGAGAGCUUCCCAGCAAAAAUAGAAAGGAAAAAAAGAGAAGGCUUCCCAGCAGAAAAGGAAAAAAAGUAGAGAGCUUAUGGUGGUGCCUGUUGUAUGUACAGUAGAUGGAGAGAAUCAGAGAAUGGGGGUGGGUAAUUAGAAGACAUGCAUGACUUGAUACCGUUGUUGUCUGUUUAUAUGAAGGCUGUGAAACUUGGAAAGGUUUCCUUAGUGGUUGUUGACUAGAGAUGAUGAUGGUUAAUAAAUGUGCUACAUCUUUGGAUA